AUGGAUCCAACACAGAAUUUGGAUUUGUAUUUUGUGGAAAUACGAGGAGGACCUGUGUCUUGGGACAACACGUCCGUGGCGUUUUAUCUGAGAGUAUUUUCGGCCGUCCUGGUCUUUAUAGUUUUGCUCUACGUUUGCACUCCGUUAUAUGGAUCUGUGGAAUUUUCCAUUACAACCCUCCUCAACAAGGACAUCGGCAAUCGGACAAGCAGCAGCAACAGCAACGCGGAGGCCAGUACUUCAGCCUGGAGGAGCAACGAUUUGGUAUUUCGUUUUAUUCAGGACUAUAAAAAUUCCCGAGUGAAUGGAAUGAGACGAAUGAAAUAUCACUUCCGAACCUUAUGAAAACAAUUAAUAUUGCUAGACAAAGAA